AAUCUGGAGUUUCCAUUGCGACGGUGUUUGUGUGGGGUGAGUAACACAUGUAUCUGGCUCGCCAGAUAGUCGGGACUCUUGUUAUGACCGGCAAUGUGCGAAACCGAGCUAUAUACAACCAUGAUAUGAAAUCAUACAUACAUACUUAGGUAGCUAUCUAGAUAGCUCUAAGAUAGCUUCUCCCUUCGCUCAAACUUGCCAGUCUUAUCUUCGCAAUUCAGCCUAUUUCGCCAAAUUACAAACAAACAUCCACAUCAUUACGAUAUGGCUACUCUUCUAGAUCACAACCCAAACCCUGACAAUUACUACGCAACUCUCAUUCAGGGGCAGAAAUUCGCGGUCAUACCAGAGCUUGUCCUCGACUCAGGCGAGGUACUAGAAUCUUGCCCAAUAGCCUACAAGACAUGGGGACGACUCAAUGAAGCUCGCGAUAAUGUUUUGGUAAUCUGCCACGCUCUUACAGGCAGCAGCGAUAUCAGCGAUUGGUGGAGUCCGCUUCUUGGUCGCGGCAAGGCGUUCGACCCAGCGCAUUUCUUCAUUUUCUGCGCCAACGUCCUCGGGUCACCUUACGGAAGCGCAUCCCCUCUUACCGUUGAUCCGCGGACGGGAAGACAAUACGCCAGCGAAUUUCCACAAACAACAGUUCGUGACGAUGUACGAGCACACAAGCACGUCCUCGAUGCCUUAGGCGUCCGAUCCGUGGCCGCCGUAAUCGGAGGUUCGAUGGGCGGGAUGACGACCCUCGAGUGGCCCCUAUGCACAGCUCCCGGAUUUGUCAGAAGCAUCCUGCCAAUCGCAACCGCAGCCGACCAUAGCGCCUGGGGCAUAUCCUGGGCGGAGGCGCAGCGUCAGUGCAUCUACUCGGACCCCAGGUUCGACGACGGCUACUAUACGCCGCGUCCCGAGGGACAGCCGUCGGCCGGGCUGGCCGCCGCGCGCAUGGUGGCCAUGCUCACGUACCGCUCGUGCAUGAGCUUCGACGAGCGCUUCGGUCGCAAGCCGCCGCGCCAGCAACAGCAAAAACCGAGAGCCGUAACGGAACCGCCUCUCGACCUCCCUCGCACCGAAGUCCCUACGGCUGACACCGUGCCCGGCGACGCUAGAGAGCAUCGCAAGGGCUGGGCCGCGAGGCGCGACCCUUCGUUUUCCGCUCAGGGGUACCUACAUUACCAGGGGCAGAAGUUCAUCCAGCGCUUCGACGCGAACUGCUACCUGCAUAUCACGAACAAGAUGGACGCCCACGACGUCACGCUCGGGAGAACCCCGACACCGGUCUCCAACCACGACGACACCGCGCUGCGCGAGGUCCUGGCUGCGGUUCCCGCGGGCGCUUUGGUCGUUAGCGUUGAGACGGACGCGCUGUUCCUCCCCGAGCAGCAGGAGCGGUUGGCGAACUGUCUUCCGGAAGCUACGCUCGCGAUGUUACGGUCAUCAGAUGGCCACGACGGGUUCCUGCUCGAGUUCGAGCAGCUUACGACGUUGAUCGUGGGGAAGCUGAGGAAGGAUUUCCCGCAGUAUUACAGCAGCGCGGCUUUCGACGAUUCCGUCGACGAGCAUACCGCGCAGCCCGGAGGGGCUAGUCUCACGGGCGAGGUGGAGGCGUGGUGAUUGCCAAGGGAGGGAGAGGUAUCAUGAGGCAUGUUUUCUAAACCGAUUUGUAUACCCAAGCGCUUUUCAUUUACUGGUUUCGGGGGGAGUUUUGAGGGAUCGGGGUUGUUUUAGUGCCAAUAUUCUAUGUAGGUUUGGUUAUUAUUGAAUAAUCUAUCAAUCAAUCUACCACAGGAACAAUGUCACGGU